CCUGGCGUUUCCGCCGUUUCCACUCUGUGUCAGUAAUCAUAAAGCAGUAAGCACGCGAGCUGGCUGCACGUGUUUUUAAUUCUGUUGCCUUAAUCGUAGGCUUAAGAAAGUUACGCGCGAAAGUUUUCGUUAUGUUUAAUAUUUAUUUCUAUUGUUCCAGGUGUGGAGGAUAAAGAAGAAUCGAUGGGCAAUGAAAAAAUGUGUCUGGCGCUUGAGCAAUAAGAAACUUAACUUUCAGUUGAUUUAAAUUAUACUGUUAAAACUAUAAGAAUCUUUAGAAAUGGCCGAUAUUAAUGAUAAUACAAAUAAGUAUCACGUAACAAAUGGGGUAAAACAAAACGCGGACGCGGAACGUGGUAGAUCUGCUGGAAGUGACUCUGACAUAGCGUGGGGACGGAUUUUAGCCAUGAUUGUGGCACUUUGCGUUCUUGUGGCGGCUUGUGCUGUUACCUGGAUAUUCCAAGAUUGGCAAACUAGUCUAAUAGUACUGGCAAUAUUGGUGGUCGUCUACGUAUUAGUAUUCUAUUGGAAAUGGCUCUAUAUUGCUUCUCGGACUGCGCCCAGAGAUUUCACUGCUCUAUAUUACUACCUGAAAAUCUUGUCACUUUCGAGGACUUACACAAAAAAGAAUUUUGGUAUGCCUGAUAUAUUUCACGACAUGGUAAUCAAGCAUCCACAUAAAGCAUGCUUCAUGAUCGAAGAUGAAAUAUGGACCUUCAAGCAGGUUGAAGAUUUCAGUUUACGGACAUCCGCUUUACUAAGAUCCAAGGGUGUCAAGAAAGGCGACGUAGUUGGUGUAAUGAUGAGCAACUGUCCGGAGAUGCCAGCCAUCUGGUUGGGCAUCACACGGUUGGGUGGAGUAGCACCCCUAAUCAACACUAACCAGACAGGCAACACGUUGCUUCAUUCCAUCAAUAUUGCUAAGUGCGAUAUGGUCAUCUAUGGAGAUGAAUUUGAGCCAGCAUUCCAAGAAAUUUCUCAAGAUCUGAAUCCGUCUAUAAAAUUAUACAAAUUCACCAAUCGGAAACUGAACCCAUCGAAUGAUGGAGUUAGAGUUGUAGACUCCACAAAUGACUUCACGUCAAUGUUGGAGAGCACACCUCCCGCUGCUUGGACUAAAUCGGAAGGGGAUGGCUUUAAUGGAAAGAUCCUCUAUAUUUACACAUCUGGGACAACGGGUCUCCCGAAAGCUGCAGUAAUUUCAUCAUCAAGAAUGGUUUUCAUGGCAUCUGGCGUCCACUAUUUAGGAGGUUUGAAUCGCAAUGAUAUUAUUUAUUGUCCUAUGCCUCUAUAUCAUUCGGCCGGUGGAUGCAUUACCAUGGGACAGGCCUUUAUAUUUGGUUGUACAUUGGUUCUCAAAAAGAAAUUCUCAGCAUCCGCAUAUUUCAAAGACUGCACCAAGUAUAAUGCCACUGCGGCACAUUAUAUCGGUGAGAUGUGCCGUUAUAUCUUGGCUACGCCUCCAUCUCCAAUUGAUACACAGCACAAAGUUCGCGUCGUUUAUGGCAACGGGAUGAGACAAGUCGUCUGGCCUGAAUUCGUCAAAAGGUUCAAAAUAAAGAGGGUAUCAGAAUUCUAUGGCGCUACUGAAGGAAAUGCAAAUAUUGUUAACGUAAACAACAAAAUGGGCGCCAUUGGAUUUGUAUCAAGAAUUAUCCCAGCAGUUUAUCCUAUAGCAAUACUCAAAGUAGAUCAAGAGACAGGCGAACCAAUAAGAAACUCAAAAGGAUUGUGUCAGUUGGCAAAACCAGGAGAGCCCGGUGUAUUUAUCGGGAAAAUAAAUCCGAAACUUGCGUCGAGAGCUUAUCUCGGGUACGUGGACAAAGAAGCGUCGGACAAGAAAAUUGUACGCGAUGUUUUCAAUUUUGGAGACUCUGCUUUUAUAUCAGGUGAUAUCUUGGUGGCAGACGAGCUGGGAUACUUGUACUUUAGAGAUCGUACCGGAGACACGUUCCGGUGGCGUGGAGAGAAUGUCAGCACCACUGAGGUGGAGGCCGCAGUCUCUAGGGUCGCUGAUCAAAGAGACGCUGUCGUUUAUGGCGUGGAGAUUCCGAACACGGAAGGUCGCGCGGGAAUGUGUGGCAUAGUAGAUCUCGAUGACUCCCUGGACUUGGACCGGUUAGCAGCGAACAUCGCUAAAGACCUACCCAAAUACGCCCGACCUAUAUUCAUUAGAAAAAUGGAGAGUGUGGACAUGACUGGUACAUUUAAAAUGAGAAAAGUAGAUUUGCAGAAAGAAGGCUACGAUCCGUCGAUAGUAAAAGAUAAACUGUAUUAUUUAGAUCCUAAAUUAGAAAAAUAUUUGCCACUGGGAAUAGAAGAAUAUAAUAAAAUUAUUUCGGGACAAAUCAGACUGUGAUGUUAUUAUAACUUAAUAAAAACUGUAUAGUAAAUAAGCUGUGCCCUAAAAGAUGUGUGAUUGAUUUUAGAAAAUGUUAAGUUUACUUACCUAUACCUACCACCUAGAGUAUUGUUAAGAAGAGGUUUAUUUAAUUUUUUUUAUGCAAUAUGUAAAUAAAAAUAUUUU